UUUACGACUACUAAUCCACCAUUCUAGCUUGGCUCUCUACUACCUGGUUAUUCCUCACCCGUCUUGUUGGAGGCACUUUUCAGGUCAUUCCCACCAUCCAUCUUAUCCGCUGAGAUGGAGAGUCACGCAGAUUGGAGAUCAAUCGGUGGCAUUGCUACUAGUCUGCUCGAUGGAAAUCCUAUCGCGAUCGCUAUUACCGCAUUUGUUGCAUUCGGGCUGCCAAUACUGCUGCAUCUGAUUUUCUAUCAAACCGUUGCCUCCCCGCCAUCUAGCAACUUCUUACUGCUUGGACCCAGCGGAGCAGGCAAAACUGCUCUCUUGUCCCUGCUUGAAGCGAAAUCGUCGCCUCUUGCGAAGAAGCAGACUCAGCUCACGCAUACUUCUCAGACGUCAAUUCUAACAACUGUCAGCCUUCCUGCCUCCGUCCCUACUGCCUCAAAUCGCUACCGGUCGGCCAAUGAUCCAUCCUUGAAGGACACAUCCAGAAACCCUGUCAAAUACCGUGUGAGAGACACACCUGGCCAUGGCAAACUACGGGGACCUCACGGUAUCUCGCAACUUUCCUCCAUGUCAGACUCGAAGGACUCGAAAUCCAAAUUACGUGGGGUCAUCUUUACUGUUGACACCGCCGCCCUUUCUGAUGUUGAAGUGUUGCGCGAUACAGCCUCAUAUCUGUAUGACGUCCUUCUUAUUCUUCAAAAACGGGCAUUGAAUAAAGGCAAGUCGUCUCUUAAGGUGGCCUCGGAGAUUCCGAUCCUUGUGGCUGCCAAUAAGCAAGACCUUUUCACGGCUCUGCCACCUGGUUCUGUGCUGGAGAAGUUAGAAGCUGAAAUCGAUAAAAUACGCAAGUCCAAGAGCAAGAGCCUUAUGGAUGCCAGCGUUGAUGCUAGUAUGGGUGACGGUGAUGAUGAUAUUCUAGGUAGCAGUGAUGCGCAGGAUACAUUCAGCUUCAAACUCUUGGAGGACGAAGUCGGUGUGAGAGUUGAUGUUGUCGGCGGCGCUGUUAAGGGUGAUGAGGGGAGUGACUUUGGGUCUGGUGUCAGGAAGUGGGAAGAGUGGGUUGGCCAGUGUCUGUGACCGAAGCUGUCGCCUUUGUUACGACUUUACAAUAUGUUCUCGACCUGAAAUGCGCGAACGGUUUCUAUGCUACACAAGUAAAGAACAAACUAGGCUAGCGCACCUGGAUAUUAAUCCUAGGAUGCUGUUAUAAUGAUUAAGAAAAAUGAUUUGAUAUUAAUAUGGCAUCUAGCCAUCGACGAUACGGGUUUCG